AUGAAUGAACUUCAUGAAGAGGAUGAGCAGCCCUGCUAUCUCGAGUGCUACUUAAAACAUCAUAUACGAGGGAAAGUGGAUAAUGAAUCAAAGUUAAUUCCAAUAGAAGCAAUACCAACAUCAAAUAACUCUAAUGAUUCGGAUGAUUCAAGAGAUCAAUCAAAUGAAUCAGAGCCUCAAUUAAAUCCUGAAUAUAUACCACAAACCAAAAGACAUUCAAUAACGCAUGAUGAAAACUCAAUCAAAUCCAAAAAGCAAAGAAUUGGUCCAAGUUAUGAUCUUUGUAGAUCCAAAAAGAUUAAAUGUGAUGCUCAUGUUGAAAAUAUCAUAGAACAGCUUGAUAUAAAUCCUGAUGAUUUUCAUGAAUUAACUAAAACAAAUGAAACUAUAGAAUGCAAAUAA